AUGGCUCAAACUGAAAUGGUAACGGUGCGAAUGUCCCGGGGACAACUUUCCACGCCCUGGGGCUUUGAAAUUAUUCAUCCUCUUACUAUUCAUAAUAUAGUUAGUGGAUCAUUAGCAGAUCGAGCUGGUUUAAUCAAUGGCGAUAAACUUGUCGAAUUUGAAGGCCAUGAAAAUUUAGAUACAACAUUAGCUAAACAAUUACUCAGCAAGGCGCAAAAUAAAAUCGAAUUGGUCAUACAUAGGGACGGAAGUUCAAUGCAUCGAACUUGGAAACCAAAAAUUACCGAGAACACAACGCAUUUUAAUAAAUUUCAACACUCAGUGCAUUACAGUGGGGAUGAUGAAAAGUACAGUAAGGAUCACUCUUCGGAUCACUCGACAAGUGUUCCAUUAAAAGUCUCAUUAGAGCAUCAGAAUCAGAAUGCGAUCGGUAUUCCUGGUUUUAAUGUUUCUGCACAACCAUUUGGAGAUCAUAAGGAAGUGAAACAUCUUCAAUAUAAUUCGCCUAUGCCGUUAUAUUCACCUCAGUCUGCUGCUGAACAAUAUCUACAACAGACUGGAGGCUUAUUUGGAACAGAUCCAAAUCUCAUAAAAUCUUAUAAAGAAGAACCAUCAUAUCUUCGGUCCGAAACAUUGCGUCUUAUCCAAGAGAAUGAAGGAAAACAAAAAAUCAGUCCAAUGAUGCGAUCAGUAGAGCCGCCAAUAUACAAUAAAAGUUUGCCUUAA